AAAAACCCGAAUAAUCGCCUGCGAGCACUUAUUCUUACAGUUCAACUCUAAUCACAUUCACCUAGAUGCCUCUCCCCACUCAAGUAUAUAACUCUUAUUGAAUAUAUAUGAACUCCUGUUAAUUUCCUGCACUGUCACAAUGUUUUCAGGAGACAUGGAACCAGCUUCACUCUUUGAUUGAUAUUCACAGCUCUCUCAAUGAUGAAUUUUGCCAGUGACACAUGAACAAAUGUGCUUCCUAGCAUGAACAUAUCCCAGCUCCUGUCAGGCAGCAUGCAUUGGCAAUAGCCAUAUAUUUGGCCAUACGAUACCCCAGUUACCCCGCAGGAACCCCGGAUUACAGGAUAUCCGGGGUGGAAAUUCUCUGCAAGCAUUCCGAUUAUUCUAGUUAACAGAAUGCCUCAUCCGGAGCUAAGUCCGCUCUCUUGCGGGAUGCCGACAUAAAUACUACGAGUCCGGGAAUUGUCGAUCUUAGCGUCGUCCACAUUUGAAAUUUAGGAUGCCUAAAGUUGUUGAGACGAAACAAAGGAGGAAUCGUCAUGUUCGAGAUAUAAAAGUGGUCAAAUUCCUGGAUGACUGUUUGAGUAUACAAAGGAAACGCACUAUUAUCUGUCAUCAUGAAAUUCUCCACCAGUGGUUUAGGGGCCAUUCUCGCUCUGUCAGAAGCAGUUACUGCUGCAACUCCGGCAGAAUGGCGUUCGCAAUCGAUAUACUUCCUUCUCACGGACCGGUUUGCAAGAACUGAUAGCUCUACAACUGCUCCAUGCAACACCGAAGAUCGAAGAUACUGCGGUGGGACCUGGCAUGGAAUUAUCAAUAAGCUUGAUUACAUCCAGAACAUGGGGUUUUCUGCUAUCUGGAUUACCCCUGUGACAAAGCAGUUUCCCGAGAAAUCUGGAUAUGGGGAAGCCUUCCACGGAUAUUGGCAACAAGAUAUCUACAAUGUGGAACCUCAUUAUGGAUCUGCAGACGAUCUCAGGGCAUUAAGUGCGGCAUUACAUGAUCGCGGCAUGUAUCUCAUGGUCGACGUAGUUCCAAACCAUAUGGGUUAUGCUGGUCCAAGUAGUAGUAUGGACUAUAGUCGAUUCGUUCCGUUCAAUAGCAAAGGCUAUUUCCAUGCUUAUUGCCCUAUCACUAACUACGACGAUCAAGCUAAUGUCGAAAACUGUUGGCUUGGGGAUAAUACAGUGUCGCUUCCGGAUCUUGAUACUGGGAAUCCAGAGGUGCAAAACAUCUUCAACAACUGGAUAUCCGCUCUUGUUUCCAAUUAUUCUAUUGACGGCCUUCGAAUUGAUACAGUCAAGCAUGUACCGAAGCCGUUCUGGCGGAAGUUCAAUGAUGCAGCAGGUGUAUAUUCCAUGGGAGAAGUAUAUAGUGGUGACUCAGGGUACACCUGCCACUAUCAGAAUUAUCUGGAUGGGUUGGUGAACUUUCCAAUUUAUUACGCUCUCCUCGAAGUCUUCAAGUCUCCUGGCGGCAAUAUCGCAAAUCUAUACAACAUGAUCAACACAAUGAAAGACAGCUGCGCAGACUCCACUCUGCUAGGAACGUUCGCUGAGAACCAUGAUACCCCAAGAUUCGCAAGUUAUACCAAAGACAUGUCUCUUGCCAAAAAUGCCCUGGUCUUCACCAUUCUUGCCGACGGGAUUCCCAUAGUCUACGCUGGCCAAGAGCAGCACUACGCGGGGAGGAAGGACCCAGACAACCGCGAAGCAACCUGGCUGUCGGGCUAUAACACCGAAAGCCCUCUCUACCAGCUCACCGCCAAAGCCAAUAAAAUUCGGAAGAAGGCCAUCGCAGACGAUCCCAAUUAUCUUACGUAUAAAGUAAGUGCCAAUUGACAUCCUUACUCAUUGCCAUACGACCACCCGCCCUGCUUGCUCCCUUCGUCCAACCGCCCCCACACAUGUUCCCCUAAGCAGUAGUCUCAAAUGACCUUCUAUGAUAUAACAAAUACAGAACUAUCCCAUCUACCAAGACAAAAGCACCAUCGCGAUGCGCAAAGGCUUCGACGGCAAACAAAUUAUCACCGUACUCUCUAACCUUGGCUCUGGCGGUGCUUCAUACACGCUGCAGCUGGGUGGGACGGGGUAUCCGGCCGGUAUGCGUGUUACGGAUAUUUACACGUGCACGACUGCCGUGGUGGGUUCUAAUGGGCAGGUACCAGUAUCUAUGGCUGCGGGAGAGCCGAGGAUCCUGUAUCCGAGUGAGAGGCUUGUUGAGAGCGGGAUAUGCGGGUGAGAGAUUAAUGGAAGUUGAAAGGAAGGAAACUUUACGUGGGAAUGGGCUUUAAGAGGGGGUAGUGUAUAUCUGGAAGAAAGCUUCUCGGAUUCCAGUCCGGUCUUAAGGGCUGAAAUGCGUGUAAACGAGGAAGUAAUAAUCGAUCCCAUAAAUAACUUUGCGUGCUGCGUACACUUAAUCAACUGAGCCACACUUCACAGAAGAAAGAAGAAAGGUAGUAUGCAACUGGAGCGAACUCAACGACAUUUUACUCUUCUCUACCUUGACUGGGGUUGUGAGAAGGGCUUCUGGAAGUGCGAGAACUCUAUUCACCAAUCACAAUGCAAAUUUACCUCAAUUAUUGAAUUGCUAGCAAGGUCUAUCUAGAUGGAAUUUGAUCUGCUCACGUCUCUCGAACAUAUUUCCUCGGGAUGUCUAGACGCCUCCCCAAUGCUUUCAGCAAUGGAUACAAAUAGCAAGAAAUAGUAGGCAAGAGUGGAAAACGACCCUGGAUCAUCUUUCGGCACCGCAGAUCGAUUUGAAGCAUCCUUCCUGUCUUCAUUUAGCCGUUGACUGUGUGUGGGGUGAUCCUAAGAAAAGUAGUCGCAUUUGCUCGUUUGUUCGAUAAUAUGUACUUGAUUUGAUAUUUUACUGGCUUCAUUGAGUCAGUCAAAUUUUUUUAUAUUUUUCAUUUCAUACCUAUUUCGUAGCUAGUGUUGUUGGAUUUCAAAGGAAUUAUCUGAAAAAAAC